AUGAAACCUAACCCCAUUUCAAGAUCCUUAGUCACAAGAAAGAGAAGAAACCAAGAGUCCAACUUCUACAAAUACUUAAAGCCUGGUGCACUUGCUCAACUCAGGGAUUCCAAGAUCAACUCACUAUCUCGGUUAUCUGUCCACCAAUUCGACUCAAUCCCUUCAACCCCACAACCGAUCUCUUCAAUUCUUGAUCUCGAACAAGUCCCUUGUUUUCUGAUGCGCAAGAUCAGGGGUACUGCUUGUUCUCUUAAAAGCAAGAGGCUUAUGGCUGCUAGAUCUGUGUUUUUACUCAAUUUAGAUCCUUCUAAUUCUCCUGUUUUAGAUCCUAGUAGUAAUGAUAUGGACCCCUGCAGGAAUACUCGUAGUGAAGGAUUUAGAGCGUGCCCUAGUCUAUGGAAGGGGAUGGAGCAGCAAACUCCAUAG